AUGAGCGCAGAGAGAAUCAUGGCGGCGCCGCUGCGGGACCGGUUGGGCUUCCUGAGCCGGCUGCCCACUCUGAUGAAAGGCACCUCGGAUGACGACGUCCCAUGCCCUGGGUACCUGUUUAAGGAAAUCACAAAGAUCUCCCACGACUCCCCAGGGAGCAGCCAGUGCCUCCUGGAGCACCUCCUCAACCGACUGCAGAAUAACUCCUGUCACGUCAAGCUGAAGGUGCUGAAGAUUCUGCUGUAUAUGUGCACGCAUGGCUCUUCGCAUUUCCUCCAGCAGCUGAAAAGGAAUUCCACCUUCAUCCAGGAAGCAGCAGUGUUCGCGGGGCCGCCAGAUCCCCUGCACGGCAACAGCUUGUACCAGAAGGUCCGAGCAGCAGCACAGGACUUGGCCGGUGCUUUAUUUUCGGAUACCUUGUCGCCCCUGCCCUCUGCUCAGCCCUGCAGGCCACUUCCCCCAACAGGAAUGGGCUCCAAGCCCAGCCCCUGCAGCUCCUUCCAAGGCUUUGGCUUCACGAGCGAGAGAAGCGGCUCUCCUUCCGCCGGCGAGGCCCUGCUCGCCACCAUACAGAAAGCAGCCGAGGUGGUCGCCAGCGCUGUGCUGCCCAGCCCGGAGUUCCCCCCUCCCUGCCCCAGGGAGCUGCAGGACGAUGCCUACCAGCCCGUGACGGCGCCUUCUCCUGGUAAAAGCUGUGUGGUGCCUCCAAAGCCCCCUGCUCCUGCAGCCCACAGCCUGCGAGUGAGUCACCAGCCUGGGCAGGCAGGAGGUGGCUGGGAAGAGACGGACAGUGGGCACAGCUCCCAGAACUCCUCGCAGGAGAACGGGGAGCUGAGCAGGACCUCUGACUCCUACAGCAAAUCAGGCAGCGACAGCCCCUCGGGGGCCAGCAGGGAGCUGGGGAACGUAACUGAGAGGGUGGAGGGCGACUGCCUGCAGGAGCUGAGCCUGGUGGGCGCGCUGACCAGGGGCUCCAAGGUCUUCCUGACGCGGGAGGAGGCCCAGCACUUCAUCAAAGAGUGCGGGCUGCUGAACUGCGAGGUGGUGCUGGAACUGCUGAGCCGGACGCUGCAGGACCCCAGCCAGCUCGUCUGCAUGAGGUCCAUGUGUGCCAUAUCUUCCCUCCUGGGCUCCGACCUGCUGGCCCACGAGCAGAUCUCUGGGAUUACCCGGCCACACCUGCAGCAACUCAGCCAAAGAAGUCCCGGUCCCGUGGCCAACAAAGCCACAAAGCUCCUGAGGCAGUUUGAGGCUUUGUGCAGGAGCUGCCCGUCUCCCAAGAGAUCACAGCCGGACACGGAUCCCUCUGCUCCUGCCAGGGGCUCCCCCCAGCACACACGCGACUUGCUGACGGACCUCAUGCCUCUGGCAGGAGAGACCGUUCUCAAACCCGUGAGCUUAGCCCCUUUCCUCUCGGAGACGUGGAAAGCCCCAGCAUUCGAUGCGCAUCCUGCGGCCGUGCCCGCCCCUGCGGGAGAGCAGGGCACAGAAGUGGAGACCUGUGAGCAGUUUGGGGAUGUCGCACCAGGCGGUCGGUGUCAGCAGGAGGUGGAGUGCAGACUAACGGGGCCUGAGCCCCAGCUGGAUGCUGCCCGGACAGAGACGCUGAAUGGCAGGCAGGGGGCAGCCGCAUCCCCUCAGAGCCUCUCCCUGUUCGCUGGCAUGGAGCUGGUGGGCCUUCCAGGCACAGCAGUAGCCAACCCUGGUGGGGAGGAAUGUGCCUCUCGUGUUCCACGGACACUGCCCUGCACUGGGACUGCCAGCGCCAAGGCUCACGGGGACUCCGAGGGCAGCAGGGAACCUUCUGCGUUCUCCUUCCUCAACAUGUAG